AUGACAGAUUUCCGCCUUCUGGCCCUCCGCCACCCCUACAUCCUGUACACAAUAUCCUUCGUUAUAAUCAUCCUCACGCGAUACAUCGUCCAAAUGCUGUGGUCAUCACGCAAGAACAAAUUCCCCGUCGCGGGACUCACGGCGAUCGUCACAGGGGGCUCGCAGGGCCUGGGUCUCUCACUUGCAACGCAACUCGCAGCCAAAGGCGCCAACGUUGUGAUCGUGGCGCAGGACACAGUCAAAUUGCGCAAAGCACAGGCAGAGAUCGAAGCCGCGGGGGUCAAGCCCAGUGACAUGGAGCAAAAGCAGAGGUUCUUGAACCUGAGCUAUGACCUGCGCAAUCCGGAGUCGGCAAAAAAGAUCGUGGAGAGAGUGACGAGCUGGAACGAUGGUCGUGCUCCGGAUCUGCUUUUCUGCUGCGCGGGCAAUUGCCACCCAUCCUUCUUUGCUGAUGCGAGCUUGGAUACCCACCGAGGUCAGAUGGACACCAUUUACUGGUCUUCGAUGUACAUGGCUCAUGCGAUCCUAAAUCUGUGGAAGGAGCCUUCUUCGAGCGACAACGACAGGAACAAUAAUGGCACCGGCAAGAAGAUUGCUCUGCCCACGCGCCAUAUCGUCUUCACUUGCAGUACCCUGGCAUUCCUACCUGUGGCAGGCUAUUCACCAUAUUCACCGGCAAAAGCAGCUAUGCGGGCCAUGGCUGAUGGUUUGAAUCAAGAGGUGGCGGUCUACAACGGGUCCAGACAAGGAAAAGGUCCUUCCCCGGAUGCCGAUAUUAAUGUGCAUAUUGUUUUUCCCAUGGGCAUCAUCUCGCCCGGAUUUGAGAACGAAAACAGACUCAAACCCGAAUUGACGCGAAAGCUGGAGGAGGACGAUACGCCACAGCAACCUGACGAUGUGGCCAAAAUCACGCUGAAGAGACUGGAAGCAGGUGACUAUAUAAUCACCACAUCAUUCGUGGGGCAUCUCAUGCGUGGUGCGGGAAUGGGUGGAAGUCUGAGAGGUGGUGUCGUGGAUGUCUUUUGGAAUUGGCUCGGCUCAAUAGUCGUUUUAUUCGUUGUUCCCGAUUUCAUCAACAAGUGUAGAGCCUGGGGCAAGCAAAGAGGCGUCCACUCGACCACCGGAGGUAAGACAGAUUGA